AUGACCAAUCCUGUUCCGAACAAGCCCACUACUAUGACUUCCUUUGUUCCUCCUCAUACAACUUCAUCCGCUGUCGCACGUCCUCCAACUGUCGAAACUUUCGAAGAUGCUGCAAUCCGCGGAGACCCGUUAUCAGCUGCUAUUUUAUCGGCCAUUUUUUCAGUUAUAUUAUCUAUAUUCUAA